AUGGGUCAUUGGAGAGAUCUGUUUAGCUUUGAUCGUCGUCGUGCGCGCCAUCGCUUGGCUGUAGAGCGCCGCAGACGUACCGGUGCUAAUCGAGUCUUAGUUCUCCCAUCAUACAUUGCCGACGAGGCGGAGGCCUCUGACUCUUCCAAGGAGAUUGCUAAAAUUGCAUUGCGAUUGAAAUACCAAAUCGAGCAGGUUGUUAGCUGCGAGAUCGAGGAAGGUGCCCUGACCGACCCAAACAGCCGUAUUAUCACACAGCAUGUCAUCGAAACCGCCAAACGAGCUGGCGGCGAAGACUACAGGGCCUGCGUCGUGUACUGUCUGCUUGUUUGCCUAAGAUGGUUUCAGAUCCAGGCUUCAGUUGAGCUUUGGGACGCUGAUCUCCAUCAAGUUCGAGCUGUGGCCUGUGAGGUCAUCGCCAAGCGCAUUAUUGAGUCUGAGCAAGAUCAGAACUAUCUACUCAAGAAUGUUCUGCUCAAGCGUUACUCCAUCUUUUCCGAGGGCGUUGAAACUGAUCCUGUCAAUGUGAUUGAGCGCUCGGUGGAUCUCCAUGCUCUGAGAGUCAUCGGCUCCGCUGGAUACCAAAAAUGCAUACAGUAUCUUUGGUAUGGCUGGAUCUGUCAAGAAGAAGGCAAUCCCACGAACUUUGUGGAGUACGAGCAGAAAGCUAGCGCCAACUACUGGGUUCACUUCCACCCAGAUCGCAUGCGAACUCCCCUUUACCAGAAUGUUUGCCAAAUUGCUUUUUCUCUAAUCUAUCUCGCUGUUUAUACCGCUGUGAUAAAUACAGUCAACCCAACUGGUGAUAUUGACGUCGCUGAAGGCAUUCUAUACGGUAUGACGCUCGCAUUCCUUUGUGACGAAAUAGUGAAGUUCUGGAAAGUUGGGUGGAACUAUCUUGAAUUUUGGAAUGCUUUUAACUCAACCCUUUAUGGUCUUCUCGUCAUCUCCUUCGUUCUACGUGUCGUUGCAUUGGCCCAUUCUUCCUCGACCCAUGAUACAGAGAGGCAAAUGUUCAAUGGUUUGAGCUACAAUUUCUUAGCCUUUGCAGGACCUAUGUUCUGGAUGCGGAUGAUGCUAUACUUGGACUCCUUUAAAUUCUUUGGAGCUAUGUUUGUGGUUCUUAGGGUUAUGAUGAAGGAGAGCUUGAUUUUCUUCGCUCUCCUCUUUGUGGUUCUAGUUGGUUUCUUCCAGGCUUUUAUUGGCAUGGCGCAGGUGGAUGAUGAUAUACCCAUCACUCGACUUAUCAUCCAAGGCAUGGCGAACACCAUCAUGCAGAGUCCUGAAUUUGAGACUUUCCAGGACUUUGCAUUUCCCUUUGGAAUCAUUCUCUACUACAUCUUCAGUUUUGUCAUCAUGAUCGUUCUCUUGAAUAUCCUCAUUGCGCUUUACAACAGCGCCUAUGAGGAUAUUUCUGGAAAUGCCACCGAUGAGUACAUGGCAAUCUUUGCUCAAAAGACUAUGCAGUUCGUUCGCGCUCCCGACGAGAACGUCUUCAUCCCACCCUUCAACUUGAUUGAGAUUUUGCUAGUGAGCGCUCCCUUCGAGUGGUGGCUCUCCAAAAAGCACUAUGCGAAGCUCAACGAUGUUAUCAUGGGUGUGAUCUACUCGCCUCUUCUCUUGUUGACAGCGUGGGUUGAGACCCAUCAAGCGGAGCAAAUUAGGUGGAAUCGCCGUCAUGGAGAGGAAGAUGAGGAAGAUCAACAAGAGUGGGAACUGGUGGCCGAGGAUGUGGACUUUGAGUUGGAUGAUUCCUGGAAGGAAGAAGUCAAGCAAAGCACACCCGACAUCAAGGUCGAUAACUGCACUCUGGAGGUUAGGGAGCUACGGGCGCAGAUUGAAACAUUGACAGAGUUGGUCAAGCAGUUGAGCCGUGAGAAGGUGGUUUUGGAUGGACUUAGUUGA